AUGGAUAAUGAAUUCCAUCUGAGCGAAUUCAAAAGCGUCAAGAAGCUGGGAACAGGCAGGUUCGGCAAGGUGCUUUUGGUAGCCACUCAGACCGACCACCAGAUCUCCAAUUUGACCAGUAACAACGGGGAAUUCUACUACGCAAUUAAAAUCGUGGGUAAUACCAGAAUCGACAAACCCAUCUUGAAUCUGUCCAAUGUUUCCAACAUCAGUCGAGUAAAAAGCGAGAUUCGCGUCAUCAGGCUGCUCAGAGACUACAGGCAUCCCAACAUCCUCCAAUCAUACAGCAUUAUCAAUAAUUCUCCGAACAAACGCAUAUAUUUCAUUAGUGAGUACUGUUCCGUUGGAGAGCUCAACAGAACCAAUUUUUCAACGUAUCCGUCCACAAGGUCGAGCAUGGACAACAUUCAGAGCAAGAUCAGAGACAUCGUGAAUGGACUGGAGUUUUUGCAUUUACAGAAAAUCGUGCAUCGAGACAUUAAGCCGUCCAAUUUACUCGUUGAUCACACCGGAACAGUCAAGAUUUCCGAUUUUGGAACGUGUUAUCGACUCACCGGCGAGUCCACAGAGGACAAUUUCGAGGUGUUCAAGAAGAUCGUGGGCACUCCGUUGUUCCUUGCGCCGGAAUUGUGCGAGAACGAGCACGUUUCAGAUCAGUCUUCUGAAAAACACGGGUUUACGCUGUUCAAAUUGAAAAAGGACAAAGAAACCGACCCAGGCUACAAAAUCGAUAUCUGGUCGUUGGGAAUCACGCUGUUUUACCUCUUUUUUGAGACUUUCCCGUUCUACAACGAAAACGAGUUCAAACUGUUCCACGAUAUCGUCGACAAAGAGAUCGUUUAUCCUCCGUUUAGCAAAUGCUACACUCUCAAACGACUCACUGACGCAAACUACGGUUUCGACUACAACUCGAAGUUGAUCGCGUAUUUCAAGUCCCUGGUGGACCUGUUGCGCAAGAUGCUCAUCAAGAAACCAGACCAGCGAAUCGCCUUGAAACUGGUCAAGUCGCAUAAACUGUUCAAGCUGUUCACCGAGUCCAAGUCAUAUCAAGAUUAUGUGAAGCGGAACGACAGUAUCAUCAAGAAAUCGUCAAACUCGAUCCAUCUGAUGCGGACGUCUCGUUCGGGAGAUCUGUUGAGCGAUUUCGAUGAAGUUCCAGACACGUCGAGAUUUAAAGGAUUUUCAAGACUUUUGAACCUGUCUGGGUCAGGGACCUCAGACUCGUCGCUAUCGGAGCCGUCGAUCGUCAACAACUCUGCCGUUUCGUUGCCAAUCAACACGAACCAUCGUCAUUUGACUAAUGCAAACGAACACCAGCUUUCCAAGCCAGUCCGUCCCAUGUCUCCACCUCCAGCAGAGAACAGGAACUCUGUCAACACCAUCAACUCACUCCCACCAAAGCUCACCGAGGCGGUCACCCCUGACCUCCAGAGCCCGCACAACGCGCCCGCGCCAUUUGUCCCGCCAACCAUCUACACCUCGCGCUCGACAGCUUCCACGCAUUCUAGCUCGUCCUUGAGCAAGCUGAAAGUCAGCAACAGAGUCAACUUCAAGGAGGUGCUCAAUGAUAAAGGCGACAAGCCAAAACCAAAAUCAAUGUAUACCAUGGACCAGUACUUGAAUAAAGAUCUAUAG